AUGGAUGUGUUAGCGAAGAAGUGGGUACGAAUUCUCCAGUAUCGUGAGGUGGAUCUUGAGGAUAGGGUUUUUCCUUCAUUCUCGUUUUGUAAUGACGCCUUCAUUACCCGAGACACGACUAUUCAAGAUGUUGAGCAGCGUGGCGCAGUUAUCCAGCCUUCCCGGUCUUCUUUUAUUGAUCAUGUCGGUUUGGAAGUUGGUGUGGAAUCUUCGAGGGACAAGGGUGUUGAAGAUAAGUUUGUGGAAGACACUAAAGAAGGAGUUCUUCCUCGGUUGAAGCAGGAGAACGAAGCUAAAGAGAUGGUUGGAGGUGGAGGGAGCUUGGAGGAUAUGGUGGAAGAUGAUGUGGAUCUUGAAGUGGUGGUUGAUGAGGAUUUCGAUGCGUUUGUGUCAUUGGGUUAUGUCUCCGUGCUUGAGCAGGGGAAACUGGAUGUGGUAAGGUUGAAGUGGUUGAUGUAG